AUGUUGUUUAAAUCUGUUCUCGCUGCCACUUUGGCCGCCUCCGUCCUCGCUCAGCCAGUCGCUCACCAACACCAUCAACACGAGAAGAAGGAUGUUGUCCAGACUGUUGUAGUCACCGUUACACCUGGUGCCGCUGCUCCAACCGCCGCUGCUGCUCCAGCUGCUGCCACCAGUGCUGCCGCCGCCCCAGUCUCUGGUUCUUCUUCUGCUCCAGCUGCCGCUUCUUCCGGCUCUUCUGGUUCUUCUGGUUCCAGCGUCGGUUCUGGUGCCGCUGGUGCCAAGGGUAUCACCUACUCUCCUUACAACGGUGAUGGUUCCUGUAAGUCUGCCGGUCAAGUCAAGAGCGACUUGGCUCAACUCAAGGGCUUCAACCUCAUCAGACUUUACGGUGUCGACUGUAACCAAGUCCCUAACGUCUUGGCUGCUUUGUCUCCUGGCCAAAAGAUCUUCGCUGGUAUCUUCAACGUCGGCAACAUCGCCGGUGACAUCGGUACCUUGGCCUCCGCCGUCUCUGCCGCUGGUGGUUGGUCCGUUGUUGACACCGUUUCCAUCGGUAACGAGUUGGUCAACUCCGGUCAAGCCAACGUUGGUCAAAUCCAAUCUUACGUCGACCAAGGUAGAUCUGCCUUGAAGGCUGCCGGUUACAACGGUCCAGUUGUCUCCGUCGACACCUUCAUUGCUGUCAUCAACAACCCUGGUUUGUGUGCUUGUUCCGACUACAUUGCCGUCAACGCCCACGCUUUCUUCGAUGGCCACGUUGUCGCCGAGAACGCCGGUGACUGGGUCUUGCAACAACUCCAAAGAGUCUCCUCUGCUUGUGGUGGUAAGAAGGUUGUCAUCACCGAGUCUGGCUGGCCUAACAGAGGUAACGCCAACGGUCAAUGUGUCCCUGGUGUCCAACAACAACAAGCUGCCAUUGCCUCUAUCAAGAGCAAGUGUGGUGACGCUACCAUUUUGUUCAACGCCUUCGACGACUUGUGGAAGAGCGACAACGCCUACACCUUCGGUGCUGAGAAGUACUGGGGUAUCUACGGUAACUAA